AUGGAAGUUUCACCGAAAGGAACUCGAUUCUUGAAGCAUAUUUCUAUUGGCUUUACCAAAGACAUUGAAAUUCCUGAUUUGUUCUCAGAGUGCUUGGAGCUGAACAGCUAUGCUGUGUUGAAAAAGGAUGGGAAGGAGUGGUUGGUGAAAAUCCAAGGCCACCACUUUAGAGAUGGUUGGUAUGAAUUUGCAAAGGACAACCUUUUGGGUACUGGAGAUUUCCUAGUUUUCAGUCAUAAUGGAAACUUGGGGUUUGACGUGGUGAUUUUCAACUGUAAUGGAUUUGAAAAGGAAGGGCCGUGGAGCAUGGAAGCUAGGGAUAUUGCUGCCAAAAGGUCUUCAAAGAAGAUCAUCUUUCAAGUGUGUGUAACCGCCUCGUUCUUCUCCGGCGAGAAAUCGUCUGCGAUGGUACGGAAGAGCAAGAAGCAAGGAGAGGCGAGCUCAAUUACUACUAAGGAACAAUCACAGGAGGAGAAAAAGCAUCCAAUGGGGGAAUUCACGCCGAUUCCUAUCAGCUCUAUUGAGGUAACAAAACCUAGAUCUGCAAUAAAUACAGUGUAUGAAUCGCAUUUGAUGCUAGAAAAUCUGUGUAAACACCGUGUUAUUGAAGUCGGAGAAUGCUCUGAUGUUGUUAAAUCAGCCGAAAUCAUGAAAAGGGAUGAGUCAAACAGUGUAAACGUCUGGAAUUCCUUUGAUGCACAAAAACUGAAGCCAGCUGAGAAGAAACUCAGAUUCAUUGAACCUAAAGUUGUGAAGCAUCGUUGUAUAGGGAGCAUAACCAAUGAAGAAAUUCAAAGUGAAGUGGAUUAUUGGAGAUCAGUUCCUGUGAAGAAGGAUUGGAAACAGAAGCUAGAUGAUCAGUCACAGAACAACCAACAAUUGGAUGCCAAUACACAGAAGGUGGUGCAACAAAAUCAUGAGGUUAACAAAUUGAAGGAAAAAGCCAAAGAGGCACAAAAAGAGGCUGCAACAGCUAGUGUUUUUGCAAAAGCAGGGAAGCAAACUAUUGGAGUUGCUGGUCUUCUGGAAACAAAAUUAAAUGGAGAUAAGGUAAGGGAAUUGAUGACUAGAAAAUGGUCUCAGUAUGAUUAUGUCAACAAUCAUGGGAAUAAAGAAAAGGGCAGAAUAUUGCUCAUAUGGAAGAAAGGAGAAUAUCAUGUACCAAUAGAAAAGAUGGAGCAACAAUUUAUUCACUGGAUGAAUAAAGCAUGGAUGAUGAUGGGGGAUUAUAAUUGCAUUUUGAAUACUGAGGAAAAACUUGGUGGAAGAGAUGAAGUUAGCUCAGAUUUGGGGAUAUCUGACCACAAUCCCUUGGUACUGAAAUGGGGUGAAGAAAGACACACAGACAAAAGAUCAUUUAAGUUCUUCAAUAUGUGGAUGGACCACUCAGAAUUUGAAGAAAUCAUCAAGGAAAGCUGGCAGAUGAAAGCUCAAGGUAGUAAACAAUUCUGCCUAAUGCUUAAACAGAAAAGGUUGAAACCUAAGCUCAAAGCAUUAAACAAAAAGCACUAUGAAAGCAUUGAUAGCAUAGAGUUGGAAUGGAGACUGAAAUUAGAAGAAGUUCAGAAAAAGCUAAUGGAUGAACCUCAAAAUGAAGAAUGGCAAGCAGAAGAACAGAAUACUAUUAGAAUAUAUACUGAAUUUAGCAAAGCAGCUUCCAGUUUUUGGAGUCAAAAGUUAAAAGAAAGUAGUUGGCAUAUGAAAAAACUGAUGAGGAUCAAGGAAUUACUUCACAAUGGCAUUGAUCAGGGCCAAUGGUUAGGGAAAAGUGGCAAAACUUGCACUGCACAGGGGGGAUAUUACUGGAUCAGAGGAGAAAGGAGUAAAAGCAAAGUAGCCAAGUUCAAUUGGAGUCAGUUUAGUAUACCUAAGCACAGCUUUAUUAGCUGGUUAGCUUGGAAAAAGAGACUGAUCAUAGCACAGAGACUGCAGGACCUGCACAUACCAGUGGAUCACAAAGAAUGCAGUCUAUGUAGGAAAGAACUGGACAGUGUAGAUCAUCUAUUCUUUAAAUGUGAUUAUGCACACGAUCUGUUGAAGGGUUUGAAGACUUGGAUGGGAAUCAGGAAUGUCAUCACAGAACUGAAUGUGCAAAGGUGGCUGAGAAUAUGGAAAGGAAAUGCUCUGAGACAGAAGGUGUUGUUUGCUGGCAUUAAUGCUAUCAUCUAUGGUGUAUGA